CAUGUCCUCUGCAGGCUUCCGUAGACAUUCCUUCACUGUCAGUUUGUGUGCGGUGACAGACAAGACAUCGGUGAGCCACCAACCCGCUCCAGCUCUGAACUAUGGAAGAGAUUAACAACAUUGAAGUCGUUCCGUGCACAGAAUCCGACUAUCUGAAACCGUUCAGGGUGCACUACAACCAGAAUGGCACAAAGAAAUCCUGGGACUUCAUGCGAACCCAUGACAGUGUAUCAGUGCUGAUCUUCAACACCACCUCACACUGUUUUGUCCUCGUCAAGCAGUUCCGUCCAGCUGUAUACAUGUGCGAGUGGGAACGGACCAAGACGCAGCCGCCUCAGUCUGCUGAGAAAACUGAGGAGGGCGCCGCAGAAGCCGCUGUCCCGGAGUCUCAGGAGGGCCAGUCGGCCUCAGAGAAGGAGAGCUCUUCUGCGUGGCCCCCGGCCUCAGCGGGGGUCACCUAUGAGCUCUGUGCCGGACUGGUGGACAAACCCAACUGCUCACUGGAGGAGAUUGCCCGACAGGAGGUGUUGGAGGAGUGCGGCUACGAUGUGCCUGCUUCUAAGCUGAAGAGGAUUACUUCUUACAGGUCAGGUGUAGGAGUAACAGGUUCCAAGCAGACCAUGUUUUAUGCCGAGGUGUCUGACGACAACUGCGUGAGCGCAGGUGGAGGUGAGCCACGGGAGGGAGAGCUUAUCGAGGUGGUCAAAGUCCCGCUGCACGAGGCCAUGACAUUUGCCUAUGACGAGCGCAUACCCAAGACCAUGGGCGUCAUAUUUAGUUUCAUCUGGUUCCAUAAUAACAUGUCUCCCAAGUACAAGAUCUCCACCAACGUGUAACUAGUAUUAACCAAACCCCUUUAUACCAUUUACCCCAAAUUUAUUCAAACACUGGCCCAGCACAUCCGCUCUUCCCCUAAUGGCUCUUCAUCCUUUAUUGCCUUUUUGCUUAUUGGAACAUGAUGAAGGGUGGGCCCCUUGUCUUGUUGCCAACAGGUAUCUUUAAGUUUUGUCCUGUUAAGCUUUCCUAACAACAGAUUUGCCAUAGCUGGUUGUCACUGGCACUUUUUCUCUCGUCUUGAUACUUUUUUUUGUUUGCUAAUCAUUUCAUUUAUUGUGCCAUCUGUCAUAAAUGGCUGCAUAUCACUGAUUUCAUUUGCCUGCCCUUGAGUAAAGGAAUACUCCACUGCUUUUAUUGUGGAUGUUGAAUGUUAACCUGCAUUUACAGAAGCAAAAAAUCUUUCACAUACACCGGAUAUUUGUAGAGGCCAUCAUGCUAACUAGCCACGUGUGCCUGGUUAGCUUCAUUUGGCUAACAUUUUAGCAUGCAAAUGUUUGCAUUUCUGCUUGCCAGACAAAAUGUGCAAGCAGAAUAUCAUAUGUACCGAGACAACACCCAACCUAUAAACCGUGCUAUGUUUUAUAAUGAUCAUUACUUCAGCCAUUAAAGACAUAGAGAUAAGGUUAAAAAGCAGUGGAGUAUUCCCAUAAGCCGUGAUCCAGUAAUGCAAAAACUAUGCUAGUCAAUGGUGGGGCCUUGUAACGAUCGAGGUGGUUAGGGGUGUUUUAACCACCACUUGUUCAGGCAUGCCUCAAUUAAUUACCCUGAUCCACAGCCUUUAAGCAAUACUUAUCACAGUACCCCAGGCUAAACAAUCACUCUGUGUCACUGAAAUCAACUCUCACUCUGUUAGAAAUCCUUUAAUGAAGUCAAACCAGUGGAAAUAUUAGCAGACUUUCAUUACACAGAAAAAAAAGCAUACACCUACCUCUGCACCGAGGGCCUAAUUUCUGUUUUUCAGUGUGUCAUUGUUCUCAAGCACAGUCCUGAUUUGGAACAUACUAUAUUUUGUUAUACUCAAAUCCACUUCAAAUGGCAUUAUUACAUUUAGUUAGUUAUAUUGUUCACUAUAUUUGGCACCUAACAUUGCCAGUGAAUGAUCUGAUAACCCUUUGACAUGGAGAUGAGUUUUAAUUUAGUUUGUAGAAUUUUGGAGGAAUUCUAAUUUUUACCUUCUGUUACAUUUUUUCUGAGAUAAAGACAGACAGGAAAUACAGUAGGAAAGAUACAGUAUUAAGGAUUUUCAUGAAGUAAUUUCUAAACAGUUCAUUUCAUUCCCAGCAUGUUGAGGUUUUAAACACAUUAAUCAAAGUUUAGGAGCACGUUUAGAAGGAUUUCAACCAUUUAACAGAUUGCCUUUGAUCAUAAUUCAUUUGGGAGGUUUAGUGUAGUAAAAAUGAAAUAGUUCUGGACACUAACACACAAACCUAAUCUCACAAAGUGAAUCUCAACAGCAGUUUGCCAAAAUCUCAGGUCCCAAUAGUUAAACCCUUGUUCAUAUUCAGGGAGGAUCUCUGGAUGUGAUGAUGACCAGCAUUUUAUUAUAGUAUUGUAUUUCAGAAUCACUUGCUGCUUGAUAGGCAAACAAAGUUCUUAGAAUUCUUACAAUAUGUUAGUAUUUUUUCAUUCAAAAAGGGCUGGUACUUCAUUUAUUAUUUAAUAUGUGAAAAGGAAGAAUUUCCCCCCUACCUUGUAGUUUUGCUGAAAAUAUGCAAGUACAGAAGCAAAGCAGAUAUUGUUUUAGAAAAUUACUGCUCACUUAAAACAGAUAACACAUCUCAUUAUUUAUACAUUACUACAGUUAUAUAAUAAAAGAAGUACUGCUGCAGUGACUUUAUACUGCAUGAGAGUCUUACUCUUGCAGAGUUGGAAAAUGUGUGAUUUCUGACCUUCAUGAAUUUCUUGGUGGUUUGAUUAACUUAAAUACGAAAAAAGAUGCUGUGUGUCAAAAAUAUUAUUUGCGAGUAACACCGUAAAAAUAUGAAAAGUUGUUAAAGUAAAAUCAGAAAUAUGUCAAAUAUUCUAGUCCUUGUAUCACAACUUACCGAGUAUGUUCUCUGUGAUUGAGAUAAAGUGAAUAAUGAUGAGCAUUAGUUCAAGAUUGAUUUUGUUCUUUAAGGAUUUUUGAGUGCGAGAAACAGCUGACAAUCAACAUUUGUCCUCUCUUGCCCACAGAACCUUGAGUUAUUCCCUCAUUUUCUUAUUCUCUGAGAAAAGAUCACUUUUUUCAGGCAUCUCAGUGCAUUUUUUUGGUGCCACCUGAGGUUUAAUUGCAUCAUUCUCACCUGCACAAACAAAGCUAAGUAAUCACAUUAAACAUGGUGUCACACGAAAGAACAUUUCCACCCAAACCGCAUAGGUAGGCCUAUAUAUGCAUUUUCCCUUAUAGCCAUAUUUAUCAAUCCCUUUGCUUGAUCAAGCUACUGUCUUUCGGUCAUUCCUUGAUGCAGGAUUGUAUAGUUUGCUGGAAUUAUUUUUGUUAAUUUCCUUAUAAGAAGACAGAGACUCUGAUGAUGUUAUUCUUUAAAUAGAUUCAUAUUCUCUCAGGAUUAAUGAGCCACCCAACCUGAAUGGUAGUAGAUAUUCAAAUCUAAGACUACGUCUACAUUAAGCUGGCUAAAUUCUGAAAUGCCAUAUUCGUGCAAAAACGACACUCAUCCACACCAGGCAUCAUCUCGUUUCUGCAAAUACCUCCGUCCACAUUAGGAUGCCCAAAUGGAUAAUUCUCCUCCUACUGGGCAUGCAUGGAGGACAGAUGAACAAUUCAGCCACAGAAAACAAAGAACAAGAAACAGUGUAAUAUUUCUGUAUUCUGUAUUUCUGGGUGGCUUCCUGACAUUGUGUUUAUUGCAAGCAAAUUAAAAAUUUUAAGCAAGAGAAGGGUUGUAGAUAGCUACAUUUAACUCUAAACAAGCUAUAAAAGUAGACAAUAGAGAGAACAACACUUGCAUGAAGCUGUCUGCCGUUGCAGUCAUUAUCAUUGCGUUUCUUCUUCUUCCUCUUCCAAAGAAGAAGCCGACAUGACAUCGCAUGACAACUGCCAUUUCAGUGGUGAAAAAUGUUGUUUUAGUCUGGAUGGAGGGCCAAAACAGAGAGAAAAAGAUUUGUUUAUGAAUUUAGCCAGCUUAAUGUGAACAUGGUCUAAAUGUCUUUGCAUUGUUGGAAUCAAUUGUAAAUUAUGAUGCAAAAUUUCAAACAUAUACAAACUAUUUAUCUACCUAAACAAUGAACAUUGGAGGGAGAUUUUAAGUUCAGGACACUUUGGAAAAAUGUGGAAAGCACCUUUGGAAAACCUUGAAACCUUAAAGUAACAAUCUCUAAGAUCUCCGUUUUGUUCUCUUUGGCAGCACCUAAGGCGAUAAGCGGUAAAUGCAGGUGUGUUUUUGGACCUCACGUCCCAGAGAUCCAAACAGUGUCGCCUGUGUGACGUCAGUCAGUUGGCAGUUGGCAAUGCUAGCAGAGACCGGAAAAAACAGUAUGCCACUUCACACACUAAUGAGUUGAAGAUGAGCAAGUCUGUUGCAUUAGCUCCGCCUACCAUCUCUGGCGGACCAACCACUGCUGGUUGAUGGAAAACGCGUCACUAAAUGCGCCGCUUGUGAUUUUUCCUGGGAAUGUCGCUACCGACACCCAGUUCAUAAUACUGAAAAUGCAAGGGCUUUCAUCAGUGGGUCAUAGGCUCAAUCACCAUUGUGUUCCCUCAUUCAGCGAUAGAUAGUGACUAAACAGACAUUUAUUUCAAUGAAAAUUUUCAAGAUUAUUCCUUUAACACUAACAAAGCUGUCAUUUAAUGUUACAAUACUUUUAAAUGUAUAAUCCUGUUUUUUUCAAUACACUUAACAUCAUGGUAAUCAGCCUCUGUAUUAUCUUUAACUUUUCUGUAUUAUUUAAAAAAUACAUUUUUUAGCUUUCAAACGGUUAUUUGUUUUGAACUUUAUUCUCAUCAAUCCCUUACCUUCUUUUUUUACUCCCCCCCCCCUCCGUGUGACAAUCUUUUCUUUAGUCAUAAUCUCAGUGUAUCUCAACACUUAUUGAAAGUAGUUUUAAGGAACAACCUCACUGAAAGAUUUCCAAUGGUGCUCACAGUUUUCCAUUGUCUAGUUCUUGUCUAGUAUGAGGUAUUAGAAAAUAAUGACGAUGCUUGCUUUUUGUCUUGAAAUGACUCUUGAGAAAAAUAUUUGUAGCCCCCAUGGGUUUGCCAUAGUUAUCAUAAUAAUCAAAGAAGGAAAAAAAAUAUAAAAAAUGUUCAAUCUGUGUAUUUUCAACAUAAUCUCAGUUCACUGAAGUUGGCUUGACGUAAAAUGUGACCAGAAAAAGCCAUUUUAACUUUUAAGGCCAGUCUGUAACUUAGUGUGCCUGUCAAAUGUAGAAAGUUGCCAUGAGUUCUCUUUUGGCUGAAAUAGUUGGGGGGUUUUUUUUGCGGGGAAAAUUAUCGCAAAAAUACGAGGUUUCUAAAGGCUUGUCACUGUGGGCGUUAUUAGCUAAGCAAGCCAACACCAGUGCAAACACUCCACUCCUUCCCCCUUGUCAUUUCAGCUAUUACCUGAAUAUCGAGUGCAUUCAGUGAGUGUUACGACAGACACGCAUUAUCAUUUAUGAUUGACACAGCGAAAACAGACGUGACAUCCACGAGAACAAAUAGCAGUUGCAGGUGGGAGGGGUCGAGUGUAACAAUGUAAUUUCGGUAGCCAAAAGAAACAAACAGUGCAGCGGUGCUUCAGGUUCAGCUGGUUCAGCCAGCUUCUAUAUGGAAAGAAGCCAGUUAAAUACAGUAAAUUUAAUUAAUGUGAGGCCUGGAUUUUAUUUUUGUUUCACCUGUGGAGUCAAACCUGCAGUCUAUUUUGUACUCAGCAAUUUUUUUAUUAAUUUUAUAAACUAUUCAAAUGUGGCUGGUUAUGUUUUUAUAAUCUUAUUUGGUUUAAAACGUGUGUUUUUCUUUAUAAGGUACUAAACUUUGAGUGAGAAGCCAAACUUUGCACUCUCAUAGCAUUUGUCCAAUUCAGUCCAAUGGAAGCCAUGUUAAAGUCGGUAACACUGGUGAUUGGCGUUGUUCUGGGAGAACUUCAGCCUAGCCUUCCCCUCUAUGACAAAAGUAAAUGCACUUUUGGCAGUUUAGAGUGAGGUUGCAGACUGUGCCACUGGUAAGCCAUACUGUGCUUCUAUUAAAUAUACAGUAAGACUAAUACUCAAGCUAAGUGAAAGGUUGUAUAAUUCAUUCUUGCCUAUGCUGGAUAUUACCAUUAGCUCAGCAUUGGACAUUUCUACCUCCAUCACUCAGGCACAUGAGAAAAAUAUUUUGUGUCCAUUUGCUUUUUUCUAAAAGCGCUGACAUAUCAAAUUCUCAGCAUCACAUCAGAAAUGUCAACACUCACACGGUUGUGACAGAAUUCUUACAGUAAUUCAUCAGUACCAGAUUUUUAUAGAUGUGCCCCCAUGGCUAUGCUGUAGUUGCUUCUUCAACUGUGAUUGUUUUGUUUUUCUUCUUUUACAUGGUUUGUGCAAUGUGUCACAAUUUCUUACUGUAUUUUAUUUUCUGUGACCAUGAGCUGAGCUACAGUUUAUCAUGAAAAUGUCAGUUUUUUAAAGGUGCUAUGUGUAGUAUUCUCUAAUUAAGAGAGGUGUAUUACUGUUAAAUUAUAAUUUGGACGAUGUUGCAUUCCUUUGUCAUUAAACAUUCAGUGAUUCUCAAAUUGCUCAUGAAUCCUGGAAAAGGCACUUUUUAAUUUUGGAUGAAGUCUGCAGGACAGAAGAUAAUCAAAUUUACUGCUAUAAAGCAGUUUAUAGUGACUAUAUAGUGUAGCACAUAUGUUAUUCUAUUAGGUAGUGUAAUAUUUAGUGGAAAUCCUGCACAUAAUACCUUUAAGUAAAAAAAAGUAUUAUGAUUUUUCUCAAAGUAAAGACAUAAAGAAAUUUGUCCAAUUGUGAUUUUUUUUCUCUGUUCUGGUGUUUUACACUGAUUUUUUGUUUUUAAAAAAAAAUAUUUUCUGGGGAAAAAAGGUAAAAACAUGAACAUCGCAGUUUUCUGAAGUUCUCAUGUAUUUUAUGCUUUAUUAAGAGUGUAUACUCAUUGUGGGCAGUGUUUUCAGUAAUGUUUCAAUUUUGUUAAUUUAUUACCUAAAUGUUGAAAUAUUAAACUUUUAAAACAUGACACUUGGUACAAACAUACAGUAUAUAUUUAAAAUGAUACUUUGCAUGUGCACUAACUGUGUUGGAUUAAAACUGCAUUAAGUUGAAAUAAAAUGGGUUGGAUGCCCGAAACAUCA